UAUUGAUCGUGCAGAUACAUGGCUUUUAGGAAGAAAGAAAAAAAAUGGAGAAUAUGAUGACGACGUGAAAGAAAUCGCUGAAAAAAUUAAGGAGCUGAAGCAGAUGGUAGAAGAAGGGUUGUUUGUUCCCAAUGGUUGUGCUGACAUACUCACAGCUGCCCUAGAUAAAAGGCCAAAUGGAAGUAGAGUACAAGGAGUAGGUCACUUCAUCACUACAUCUACGUACUUUAACAAGCCUAUGGGUAAGGCUUCAGAGAAGCAAGAAGCGGAGAAAAUUUGUGAUAGAAGAUAUGCGAUGAUGGCACAACGGUUCGAUGAGUUGAAAGCACAAAUCAGUGCCUUUGUUGCUAGUGAUAUUGGCAGCUGUAGUAUUGCCACCAAGUCUCCAACUUGUG